AUGUUCGGUCAAGCUACCGGGUUGUCGCUCUUGACAGGCCUCCUGGCCGUAGCUUCUGCGAAAGCCGACUCCAACUGUCGCUGCUUCCCCGGUGAUUCUUGCUGGCCGACCCAGGAUGUCUGGGCCAAAUUCAACGAGUCGGUUGACGGCCGCCUGGUAGCCACGGUGCCUCUGGGUACACCAUGCCAUGACCCCAGUUACAACGCUGCCGAAUGCAAGACGCUGAGCGAGCAGUGGACGAACCCGGAGCUUCACUAUGAAACCUCCUCGUCGAUUAUGGCUCCUUGGUACACUAAUGGAACCUGCGAUCCCUUCCACCCCGAAUCGAAGCCCUGCACCCUCGGCAACUACGUGUUCGCGAAGGAGCACAACAUCCGUGUGGUUCCCCGUAAUACCGGCCACGAUUACAAUGGCAAGUCCACCGGAGCCGGUGCGCUGGCCAUCUGGAUGCACCAUCUUAAGGACAUUGAGAUCAAGGACUACAAGGACAAGCACUACCAAGGCAAGGCCAUCAAGAUGGGCGCGGGGUGCAAGGCGGCGAGGCGAAUUUCAGGAGGUUACUCCCAGGGUGGAGGCCAUUCGGCCCUGUCCUCGCGCUAUGGACUUGGUGCCGACCAGGCGCUCGAGUGGGAGGUGAUUGAUGGCGAGGGUAACUUCAUUACUGCCACUCGCGACAACGAGUACUCCGACCUCUUCUGGGCCCUCAGCGGCGGCGGCGGCGGUACCUAUGGCAUCGUUUGGUCGCUGACCUCCAAGGCGCAUACUGCCACGCCUGUGUCGGGUUACAACUUGACCUUCACCAAUGAUGGCAUCUCCCAGGAUACCUUCUACGAGGCGGUAUCGCUCUGGCAGACCGUCCUGCCCUCCGUCGUGGACGCCGGUGCCAUGUCCGUCUGGAUGUUCACCAACACCAGCUUCGCCAUCACGCCGUUGACCGGUCCCAACAUCCCGGUUGCGGACCUGGUGGCGCUGGUGAAGCCCUUUACCGACGGGCUGACCAAGCUGGGAAUCAAAUAUACGACCUUCUCACAGCAGUUCGACACCUACCUGGAGGAAUUCACGGCCAUGCAGGGCGCGAUCGCGGUGGGCACCGCGCAGUAUGGUGGAUGGCUGAUCCCCCGGUCGGUGGUGGAAAACAACAACGACGGACUGACCGCCGCAUACAGACACAUCACCGAGGAUGGUGCCACCUUUAUCGGCGUGGGCCUGAAUGUCUCCAAGGCGUUAGUGGGGGAUGUGGACAACGCGGUGCUGCCCGCCUGGCGCGAGACCCUGAUCCACACCACCCUCACCACCCCCUGGAAGUGGGAUGCGCGUGCUGAAAUGCUCGCGGAGCAGGACAAGAUGACCAAUGAUUAUAUCCCGGCCUUGACCAAGGUCGCGCCGAACUCUGGGGCGUACCUGAACGAGGCCGACUUCCGCCAACCCAACUGGCAGAAGUAUUUCUACGGCGACAACUACGCUACCUUGCGCAAGAUUAAGGCUAAAUACGACCCGGCCAAUCUCUUCUACGCCACUACCGCUGUCGGGGCGGAUGAGUGGACCGUUCGUGAAGAUGGUCGGUUGUGCAGUGUCUAA